AUGCUUAAGGGUCGGUGUAGAAUCCUUCUACAGGUACACGAUUUCCAACAGACUGCAAUUCAUCAAUGGAAAAAGAAAGAGUUCAUCAAUGGAGAAGAAAAUGAAUUGCUAAAUGAAGAAGCUUCUUCUUCUUGUUCGCCGGCUCAAAUAUGUAUGAAAAAACUACAAUUUCAAGAAGAGCUUGGAAAAGUUACUAAUGGAAGUGGAAUUGGAAAAGGAAAAAUCAAAAGCCUUGGAGGAGGAAAUUCGUGUAAUUAA